UUUUAUUCAUCUACUCAAGUCAUAUUCUUCCUCAUAUUAUGCCCUUAAAAUGAAAUCGUAUGAAAGAAUUUUAGUUUAUUACUUUUGCUCUUAUUCUAGUAAAAGACUAAUGCUGGAAUAGUUGACAGUUUCUGCAGGGUACAGCCUGCUCAUUAUGUAUUAAGGCUUGGCUUGAAAACGGAAAAUUAAAUGGGUGGGUAAAAGUGUUAAAUUCAAGGAACCACUGGUUGAGAACAGCUGAAGGAAAGAUGCAUUUCAGUUUUUGUGUGGGUGAAACAAUUGUUUUUCUGUAGGUCCUAAUCUGAAAUAAUUGUGGUCACAGACAUUAUUGUUGGUGAAAUUUGCUGAUACCAUUGUGAUCCGCGGUUGUAUUAUGGUUUAACAUUUACUAAUUAUGUAACUACGGCUUUAAUGGGAUACCUUGUACAGCUGAAAAUUUGUCUUUAUUUUAAUUCUGACAUGGUCCUAAAGCAUAAUGAUGUUUUUAAAUUAUGACAUAGUAGUGUCGUAUUACUUUUAGCGGGCUACUUUAAAAGUUCCCUAGUUGCAGAAACAGUAUCCCGGCCAUGUUGGAACCCAGCUGCCAGGCCGAAUCAUAUCAAGACACACCAUUUUCACCUGAGAGCGGAAACGGCAGUGAUGCACCAAUGAUUUGACGUCAAAGUCUGGCUCUUUAAUAAGUUUCUCAGUCCGUUUCGUGUUUCCAUUCAUGCCUGCUCAGAGCGUAAGAACAGCUUAACAACGUCGUAUAACGACGCGACGCCGCGUUACGUGCGACUCGGUCUUUGUUACAGACUCCACCUCUUUCACGUGAACGCGCGUUAAGCCGAAUUAGAAAAUCCUGGGUUAACAAAGCUUGUCGAUAUACCGACCCGGUGACAACGGUCAUCAUUUCUCGGUUCCGUCUCCUGGGCAACUGUUUAACAACAAGACUGAUCGCGGGUCGAACCGUGGCGCCGACCCGGCUCGGUUUCGCAGCAUCUUUCUGCAGCGGAUUACGAUUUGAUUACUAAAUCUAGCAUUGAAACAUCUCGGAUAAGUGCGCGCGCUCGCUCCGCCGCACAGGGGAGAGCAGUCGCACGUCGAGACCCGGAUCACGAUGAUGAUGAUGAUGAUGAACGCAGACAGAGAUUACCAGAUGAAUAAAAAGCAGGAGAGGGCUCAUUUCUUCAGCUCCAAGGAGCAAGAACUUAUUUUAAAGUUGUAUGAAGAAGAGCGAGAGAUCUUAACAGCCAAAUCCAACACAACCAGCGCCUCCAAGCUGAGGGAGGAAGCCUGGCAGAGGAUUGCUGAUAAAAUAAAUGCUGUUUCAGACAGUGGCUACAAAAGAACAUGGCAGCAAGUGAAAGUCAAACACAAGAACAUCAUCCAAACAGCAAAAAGGAAAAGGGCCGAGGUGCUGAGGACCGAGGGAGGGUCGGGAAGCCCCUCUCUGACCUCAGCAGAGGAGGAUGGGGUACACAGCAGAGAAAACACCAUGAGGGUGGAGGUCCUACCUGGAGGCGCCUGCAUCGGCCCCAUCGGCGGAUCCGACAGCUCCUUUAUGAGUGUGUCAGGCCAUCCGGUCCUCCUCCUGCCCGUCACAAAGACGGAACCAGAGAGCCUGAGCGGCGAUGAGACGGACAUCAGUGAGGCUCAUUUUGACGGGGAUGUGCAGAACAGCAGUUUUCAGGAGGUCGGCAGCCCAGCAGGGACUACAAGCAGGACCAGACGUGCUGAGAAGCAGACCGAUGAACUAAGGACCCUUUACUGCUGUUACCUCAAAAAGGAGAUCGAGAGUCGGGACCAGGAGAUGGCCUACAGAGCACUGAAGAUGAAGAAACUGGAAAAGGAAAUCCUGCUACUGGAUAAACAGCUGAUAUGACUGCGAGAAACAGAACUUUAGCACUAUAAUAGAUUUACUAUGUUAUUACAUUCGGUCUCAUCCAAGUUGAAGCAUGAGCAAUCUUAGCUGCUGAUUUUGGCCAGCAGGUGGCGUCCGAUAUCUCUAGUUCUCAUAGAGAAUGGGGAUCUCAAAAACCUUCACAAUUGUAGUCAAGUUUACAUACAAUAAGCUCAAUUUCACAAUUUUUAUAGUGUUUGAAUUGUGAAUUUAACAGGUAUUAAAAUUAUUUUUAUUUUUUAAUUUUUAUUUUUUUUAUCACUGUACUAUUCAGUCAGAGCAAAACCUUCUCGACUUCACACCACAGUUAACAGUCGAGGUUAAAUGCCAGUGAAGUUUUACUUAUUAGCCAUAUGAUCUUCAGCAUCUUCCUUGAAUCUCAACGAAUUAGAAUCUAAUUGAAAAAAUUUAUUUAGUUCAUUUUCUGGUUUCAAAAAAUGAAACCACAUAUUUUCCAGAUUUGCUAUUAACAGGGGGAAGUAUAUCAAGUAUCAAUUUCUGUUUGUUUUAUUGAUUAUGGUUUACAGCUAAUUUUAAACCAUAAUUCAGUUCUGACUUUUAUCUAAAAAAGAAAAAGAAAAAACAAAAAAAAAGGACGAACUGUUGGGCCACAGUUCAGUCAUUUCUGUCUUUAGCCGACAUAAGACACCUAUGACAUAGCUUCUGGCUCCUUUUUAAAUUUUUAUUUAUUAUUCCUAAGUAAUAUUCUAAUUUAUUCAGGAACUGAAAGUGAGUAUUUCGUUAUCUGUAUGCAGAGAGCAUUAAAAGUAACAGAAACAAACGCUUGAAAUAUAUCACUCUGUUUGAGUUUCACUUUUCAAAUUGAACUCUACGUUACUGAAAUGUACUUGCAGGUAUAAACUUUCUGAACCAUAAUCGAAUCCUAUUGUUCGGAGCCUGCAGUAUCUGUAGAAGUGGGCUGCCAUAUCUGUAGUUAAGUAGACAGGUUUAUAGGAAUAUUGUGCAUUUGGAACCCUGCUUUAGGUUUUACUGUAUUUAUCCUACUGUAGUGUAGCUAAAAUAAAGGGAGUAGUGUCAUUAAUGACACAAUUAGUAGGCUUUUAGAGUCACAGAAGAUGCCACACUCAGACAUAUUUGUUAGUGUUGUCUCAGAGUCCUGGCAAAUUGUUUUAAACAUUUAUAGAAUAUAGUUCUGCUGUAAGUUGGAGAUCCUUUCCGAGUGUUUUUAUAGAGUUGAUCAAACUCCCACCUUCCCAAUGCUGCACUUUUUCAAUGACUUGAUUAACGUUUAUGACAUCUGACUGUUCAGUUGGGUAAUAGGAAACGCUAACGACAGCACAAAAUAUUACGUUGUAAGCAUUAGAAUUUUUCUUACUGUUUUGGAAAUUUAGGAGACAAUAUUAUAGGCCAAAAAUAAGUUAUGUAGUGCAUUUACAUUUACUAUUUGGUUGCAGUUUACAAUGCAUGUUGUCCUCAGAUUACUUGACCUGUUUUAUUUUAAUUUCUUGUGCAGUGUGGACAUGUUGUAGUGACCUCACUAAUAUCUAGAAUUAUGUAAAAAGUGAGACAUUCGAGUUUAUUUUAGUAUUUUUUAAACAUUGUCAUUCUACUGUAUUUGAAUGUUUAAUUCUUUCAUUUUUAUGCAAUCAUAUUCAAUAACACUGGAAUUCUUCAAACAUGCAUUCAGUCAUGUUCCAUUUUUUUUUUAAAUUUGUGUUUCUAAACUGCUGUAAGUACAUUUGUAUUUAUUUCUCCUUUUUUAUUUCAUGAUUUUUGUACGCAGUUACUAAAACACUAGUUUGUCAUAAAAAUCUGUCUCCUGUUGUGAAUAUAUGAAGGGUUCCUAGCCAUCAGGAGAUUAUUCUACAAAAUCAGGUGUGCUUAGGAUUCCCAAAUCCAUCAGUGCGCGGCUUGCGCGUCCGCGGCGCUCUGGGAGGCCUGGCCAUUCUCCAGUGGAUCCACAGCGAGGACCGCUCCGAUUUUAAACACUCAGAGGCAGCAUGAAACCGAGAGUGCGGAGAAAACACAGAGACUGAAGUCAGAACAUCGAAAUCUGUCCAGCCAUUUCGCUUUCGGAGCAUCUCCUAGUAACGUCGCCGCUCUUUCAGGCAGCCGUUGGUUCCACAGACCCACAGGCUGCGCCAUAGACAUAAAUACAUAGACGCCUCGCUGAGCGCUGAGUCCUGCGUUACGUCGCCGCCAUCUUGUAUGUGGCAGCAGAGCGAUCGGAGCUCCAUAAGUCAUGUGCAGUGUGGACUUGUUUCAACCGUUUUACAACACAAACUGGGUUCAUUGGCAUUACCUUUCACAGAGAGCUGAUGAGAAACCGCUGUUAGAGGGGAAGUGCAUUAAAAACCAGGGGCUUUUGUGAGGAAAGGUCAGUCAGGAUCAGAGCUGGAGCUGCUGUUCUUCAGUCUGUUUCACAGCUCAGCUUCACAAUGCCGGUAUUCAGCUAUGCUAUAAAGAUGCUACGAGUCAGAGCCCCAACAUGCUGAAAAUCCUCUGUACCAGGACGUCUCAGAAGUCAUUGGAGUUCUCCCAGUGUGACCAGCAGACUGACGCCCUGCCUGUGUCCAGUGUUCCCAGUAUAAUAAAUAAAUGUGUUUUAUUCUU